AUGAAGAUCGGCCGCGAGGAGGGCAUUCGCGCGUUCUGGAAGGGCAACGGGCUUAACAUCGUCCGCAUCUUCCCUUACUCCGCCGCCCAGUUCACGUCGCACGAGCAGUACAAGAUUCUGCUGGCGGGGACGUCGGGGCAGCUGACCGUGCCGCAGCGGCUGAUGGCGGGCGCCAUGGCGGGCAUGACAGCGACGGCGCUGACGCACCCGCUGGACACGGUGCGGCUGCGGAUGGCCAUGCCCACGUCGGGUUACUCGGGGAUCUCGCACGCCUUCGGAACGAUCAUUGCCAAGGAGGGCCCGCUGGCUCUAUACAAGGGCAUCUUCCCUACACUGCUGGGUAUCGCCCCAUAUGCUGCACUCAACUUUGCAUCAUAUGACCUGCUCAAGUCGUCGCUGUACAAGUCUGGUGCAGUGAAAGAGUCGAUUCCCAAUAACUUGCUCAUGGGGGCGACAGCUGGUACCAUUGCCACCACUGUGUGCUACCCUCUUGACACUGUGCGGAGGAGAAUGCAGAUGAAGGGCCAGGUGUAUCGCAACACCAUGGAUGCAUUUGCAACCAUGGCAAGGACAGAAGGCCCACGGGGCUUCUACCACGGAUGGUGGGCCAACACUCUCAAGGUCGUACCCCAAAACUCCAUCCGCUUUGUGGCGUAUGAGUUUUUCAAAUCAGUUGUGGGUGUCAAGAAGGCAAAGACCGACACGUGA